CUGUACCCCCAUAAUAUGCCGAAAUAAAAAAAAAAAGAAGGAAAAAAAAUUUUUAAGCUGUUGGUAAUGUAUCUUAUAUUUAGUUUAGUUUCCAUUUUGUUCCAACAUUGUGGCAUAAGGAUUUCUCUAUGAUAUUGUUAAUUUUUUCUUAAACUUUCCUAAUACAUGUAUUAAUAUUGAAAUAAGUGGUUUUAAUAAUUUAUUUAAACAUUUCCCUCUUGUUGGACAUCACAUUCUGUGUAAUCUGCUCAUCAUACAAGGGUACAUCUGUAACUUGAAUAUAAUUGUUUUACUUUUUUUGUAAUUAUUUAAGUUUAUGUCUUCUACUAGAGUAUAAGCCACUUGACUACAAGGACCUGUCUUGAUUACCUUAGAUCUUCUUUGCAGUGAAACAGGAUAUAAGUUAUUUUAGUUAUAUUUGUAUUCUCAAUUUAUAGCACUGUACUUAAUAUAUAUAAUAAAUACUCAUCUGCCAAAUUGAAUUUAGAUAAUUGGUUUAUCCAUUUUCGUAGGUUUUGCCUGUAAGAAUAUGCUUGAAAUUUUAAUGAAAAAAUAAUUCAGCUUUUUGGACAUAUUUCUUGCCUUUAAGGAUUAUAGUCUCAUUUUUAAUAUAAAUUUUUUUCUUUUUUUGCAGCUCUUUUUAUAGGAGAAAGUUAUUUGAUAUGCCAUUUAAAGGGAUGAAUAAUUUUUCAAGGACGUCAUAGUUAAGCAUCAUAUUUGCCUGACUUUGUGACUACUACAAUAUGGUUUAGCUAUUUGAAGAACAUCUUUAGUGGCAAAUACAAAACAGUGAAUCAUGGAUGCUGGGAUACUGGCUAAAUUUAGUUAUGAUAUGGCUUUGUAGCUUUUAUAAGUUAAUUUCAAGAAUGUUCUAGUAUAAAGAACCAUGAAAAGUAAAAUUAAGGAUAUGUGUGGUUUAUGUUUUUUUUUCUUCCUAAACUUAAUGGAUUUGAUGGUUUGUAAAAUGUGGCAUGUAAAUAUAGCGUACUGUAGGUUGGAAAUUGUAUUAUGUUGGUAGCAACAAAUGUACUGGUAAAUUAAGUUCUAAAACAUUCUUAUGGUAUUUUAAAUGCAUUUAAUAGUAUUGUGUUUCAGUGAAUAAUAGUAACUAAAAAGUCAAUAUAUGCAGAAGUUCAAAUCAAUUCCUUUACAGAACAUUUAGACAAAGUACUCAUAUCGGUCAACAUUGAUAUGAAGAGAGCAGCAAAUGGGAAUACAGUAAUAUAGUAAUAAAAUAAAAAUACAGUGAUAUUUUUAUUUGCUACAUUGGAUUAUGAGGAGAGUAUUAUUGUUAUUGUGAAAUGCAAAUUGUUGACUGAAUAAUUACUUAAUCUGGAUAGCAAAGUAUGUCUUUACAAAUAUGCAUUUAUGUAGAUUCUAGGAAAAACACUAGAAUUUUUUUCUGUAUAUCAUAUAUCUUCAAUUAGUGUUACAUAUUUUUACAGUAAGGACAAAGUAAGAAUUUAUGUUUAUAAUGAAAACAUUUGGUUUAAAAUGUUUAAGUAUUUGAGGAGAAAAGCGAGGUUAUUUUUUCAUUUUAUAGUAUGCACCAAAAUAAACUCCAUAUAGUUAAAGGGGUAAAGGAAAAGUGAGGAACCAUAAGCAAAAUGAAAUUAUGCAAAUUUCCAUCCAAUCUAAACAUAAUUGAUAUGAAAACAGUCAUAAAGAAAAAAUUGUAGUUUUUAUUUGUUGAUAGUGAACAAAACUAAAAGACGUUAAAGGAGAGAUAGCAAACUGAGGAAAACCACUUGCCCAAAAGGCAGACAAUGAUGCACUAAUAUUCUUAAUGUAAAGAGCUUAUAUAAAUUGACCAUAAAAUCUCAAAUAUCAAAAAAAAAUGGUGAAAGGAUUUAGACAACUCACCAAAGAAGUGCAAACAACAAAAAUAAUGCUUAGGAUUUAAAAAGAUGAAAAUUAAAAUGUCAAUGAGAGAUCAUUUGCUUCUAUGAAGCCAAAAAAUAUUUAAAAUAUGGUAACAUCUCAUGUAGAAGAGAGUAAAUUUGCCACAUUUAUUAUACACUACUGGUCAAUUUUUUUUUAAAUUGUUAGGCUAGUAAAUAGUUUUAGGUUUACAGAAAAGUGAGCAGAUAAUACAGAGUUCCCAUGUGACCCCUACCUCUCUCUCUUUCCAGUUUCCUCAUUGUUAAUGUCCUACAUUAGUGUGGUACACUUGUUACAAGUGAUGAGCCAAUGUUGGUACAUUAUUAUUAACUAAAGUGCAUAGUUUUCUUUAAGGUUCACUCUGUGUUGUUCAAUGUAUAAUGUCAUGUAUCCACCAUUGCAGUAUCACACAGAAGAGUUUUACUGUCCUAAAAAUUCCCGUGCUCCACUUCUUCAUUCCUUCUUCCCAAUUCCCCCUGCCUCUGCUCCCCCAGUCACUGAUCUUUUUAGUAUGUUUGAAGUUUUGCCAUCUCCAGAAUGUCAUGUAUUGAAUAAAUGGAAGUGUACAUUUAGACUGGCUUCUUUUACAAAGAAAGAUGCAUUUGGGUUUCCUUCAUGUCUUUUUGUGGCUUGAUAGAGUGUUUCUUUUCAUUAAUGAAUAAUAUUCCAUGUACCACAGUUUAUCCACUCACCUAUUGAAGGACAUACUGGAUGCUUCCAGUUUUUGUUAUAAACUUUUGUAUACAGAUUUUUCUGUGGCAUAGUUUUCAGCUUGUUUGGGAAAAUGCUUAGGAGCGCAAAUGCUGGAUCAUACAAUAAGACUGUAUUUGGCUUUGUAAGAAGCGGCCAAACUGUCUUUCAUAGUGGCCAUACCAUUUUGCAUUUCUACCAGCAAUAGAUAAAAGAGUUCCUAUAUAUCCAUAUCCUUGUCAGUAAUUGGUACUGUUCAUUUUUGGAUUUUAGCUAUUCUAAUCGGUGUGUAAUGAUAUCUCAUUUAAAAAAAAUUUAAUUCCCAAAUGACAUACACAUAAUUUCUAAAAAAAAAAAUAAGACAGUAAAUUUUGAGGUGUCAUUUACAUAUAAUAGCACACAUUUUAAAUGUACAGAUUGAUAGAUUUUGGCUAAUAAACAUAUCUAUACAACCAAGUUAUAGAACAUUUUCAUCACUCUGGAAAGUUCCCUCCUUUCCCUUUGCAGUCAGUCCCAUCCCCCAUAGCCCCUGGAAACCAUCGAUCUGUUCUGUCACUAUAGGUUCAUUUUAUCUAUUCUAGAAUUUCAUAGAAAGUAAAACCUACAGUAUGAAAACAUAUACUCUUUUAUGUCAGGCUUCUUUCAGCAUAAUUAUUUUGAGAUUCAUUCAUGUUACAUAUAUCUGUCAAAACAUGUGAAGGGAGUGAGAUUUUACUUUGACAGGCUAGUAAGGCAGCUUGUUACUGUUUCAUAGAUGGUAGCAGAAGACGUUAGACUCCUGGGUGAAUGACAAAGGACCUCAUUACUCUUGGAAACAAGCUACUGUUUCUUGGAAACGGUAGCAGUCAGAGCUGGAUGUUUGCAUGAAUUCCUCAUGUCUGCAGUGCUGCAAAGGGGCAGUGCAGAGCCGGUGGUGAUGCUCUGAACAUGCAGGAGAGGAACGAGCUUGAGGAAUAUGCCACUUACAAAAAUAUAAAAAGAUGGCUUAAACUCCUUGGUCCUUGAUUUGGAUUUUCCUGCUUUGAGGAAAAACAAGAAUAUAGAUAAUUUCUUAAAUAGAUAUGAGAAAAUUGUGAAAAAAAUCAGAGGUCUACAGAUGAAGGCAGAAGACUAUGAUGUUGUAAAAGUUAUUGGAAGAGGUGCUUUUGGUGAAGUCCAGUUGGUUCGUCAUAAGGCAUCACAGAAAGUUUAUGCUAUGAAACUUCUUAGUAAGUUUGAAAUGAUAAAAAGAUCAGAUUCUGCUUUUUUCUGGGAAGAAAGAGAUAUUAUGGCCUUUGCCAACAGUCCCUGGGUGGUUCAGCUCUUUUAUGCCUUUCAAGAUGAUAGGUAUCUGUACAUGGUAAUGGAGUAUAUGCCUGGUGGAGACCUUGUAAACCUUAUGAGUAAUUAUGAUGUGCCUGAAAAAUGGGCCAAAUUUUAUACUGCUGAAGUUGUUCUUGCUCUGGAUGCAAUACACUCCAUGGGUUUAAUACACAGAGAUGUGAAGCCUGAUAACAUGCUCUUGGAUAAACAUGGACAUCUAAAAUUAGCAGAUUUUGGCACAUGUAUGAAGAUGGAUGAAACAGGCAUGGUGCACUGUGAUACAGCAGUGGGAACCCCUGAUUAUAUAUCACCUGAGGUUCUGAAAUCACAAGGAGGCGAUGGUUACUAUGGGCGAGAAUGUGAUUGGUGGUCAGUAGGUGUUUUCCUUUUUGAGAUGCUUGUGGGGGAUACUCCCUUUUAUGCAGAUUCACUUGUAGGAACAUAUAGCAAAAUUAUGGAUCAUAAAAAUUCACUGUGUUUCCCUGAAGAUGCAGAAAUUUCUAAACAUGCGAAGAAUCUCAUCUGUGCCUUCUUAACAGAUAGGGAGGUACGACUUGGGAGAAACGGGGUAGAAGAAAUCAAACAGCAUCCUUUCUUUAAGAAUGAUCAAUGGAAUUGGGAUAACAUAAGAGAGACGGCAGCUCCUGUAGUACCUGAACUCAGCAGUGACAUAGACAGCAGCAAUUUUGAUGACAUUGAAGAUGAUAAAGGAGAUGUAGAAACCUUCCCAAUUCCUAAAGCUUUUGUGGGAAAUCAGCUGCCUUUUAUAGGAUUUACCUAUUACAGAGAAAAUUUGUUAUUAAGUGACUCUCCAUCUUGUAGAGAAAAUGAUUCAGUACAAUCAAGGAAAAAUGAAGAGAGUCAAGAGAUUCAGAAAAAACUGUAUACAUUAGAAGAACAUCUUAGCAAUGAGAUACAAGCCAAAGAGGAAUUAGAGCAGAAAUGCAAAUCUGUUAAUAUUCGCCUAGAGAAAACAGCAAAGGAGCUAGAAGAAGAGAUUACCUUAAGGAAAAAUGUGGAAUCAGCCUUGCGACAAUUAGAAAGAGAAAAGGCACUUCUCCAGCACAAAAAUGCAGAAUAUCAACGGAAAGCUGAUCAUGAAGCAGACAAGAAACGAAAUUUGGAAAAUGAUGUUAACAGUUUAAAAGAUCAACUUGAAGAUUUGAAAAAAAGAAAUCAAAACUCUCAAAUAUCCACUGAGAAAGUGAAUGAACUCCAGAGACAACUGGAUGAAACCAAUGCUUUGCUGCGUACAGAAUCUGAUACUGCAUCCCGGUUAAGAAAAACCCAAGCAGAAAGUUCAAAACAGAUUCAGCAGCUGGAAUCUAAUAAUAGAGAUCUUCAAGAUAAAAACUGCCUGCUGGAGACUGCCAAGUUAAAACUUGAAAAGGAAUUUAUUAAUCUUCAGUCAGCUCUGGAAUCUGAAAGAAGAGACCGAACCCACGGAUCAGAGAUAAUUAAUGAUUUACAAGGUAGAAUAUCUGGCCUAGAAGAAGAUUUAAAGAAUGGCAAAAUCUUACUAGCAAAAUUAGAGCUGGAGAAGAGACAACUACAGGAGAGAUUUACUGAUUUGGAAAAGGAAAAGAGCAACAUGGAAAUAGAUAUGACAUACCAACUAAAAGUUAUACAGCAGAGCUUAGAACAAGAGGAAGCUGAACACAAAGCCACAAAGGCACGGCUAGCAGAUAAAAAUAAGAUCUAUGAAUCCAUUGAAGAAGCUAAAUCAGAAGCCAUGAAAGAAAUGGAGAAGAAGCUAUUGGAGGAAAGGACUUCAAAACAGAAAGUGGAGAAUCUAUUGCUAGAAGCUGAAAAAAGAUGCUCCAUAUUAGACUGUGACCUCAAGCAGUCACAACAGAAAACAAACGAGCUCCUUAAACAGAAAGAUGUGCUAAAUGAGGAUGUUAGAAACUUGACAUUAAAAAUAGAGCAGGAAACUCAGAAGCGUUGCCUUACACAAAAUGACUUGAAGAUGCAAACACAGCAAGUUAACUCACUAAAAAUGUCAGAAAAGCAGUUAAAACAAGAGAAUAACCAUCUCAUGGAAAUGAAAAUGAACUUGGAAAAACAAAACGCUGAACUUCGAAAAGAACGUCAAGAUGCAGAUGGGCAAAUGAAAGAGCUCCAGGAUCAGCUUGAAGCAGAACAGUAUUUCUCAACCCUCUAUAAAACACAAGUUCGGGAACUUAAAGAAGAAUGUGAAGAAAAGACCAAACUUUGUAAAGAAUUACAACAAAAGAAACAGGAACUACAGGAUGAAAGGGACUCUUUGGCUGCUCAACUGGAGAUCACCUUGACUAAAGCAGAUUCUGAGCAGCUGGCUCGUUCAAUUGCUGAAGAACAGUACUCUGAUUUGGAAAAAGAGAAAAUCAUGAAAGAGCUGGAGAUCAAAGAGAUGAUGGCUAGACACAAACAGGAACUUACUGAAAAAGAUGCUACAAUUGCAUCUCUUGAAGAAACUAAUAGGACACUAACUAGUGAUGUUGCCAAUCUUGCAAAUGAGAAAGAAGAAUUAAAUAAUAAAUUGAAGGAUGCUCAAGAGCAACUGUCAAGGUUGAAAGAUGAAGAGAUAAGUGCAGCAGCUAUUAAAGCACAGUUUGAGAAACAGCUGUUAACAGAAAGAACCCUCAAAACUCAAGCUGUGAAUAAAUUGGCUGAGAUCAUGAAUCGAAAAGAACCUGUUAAGCGUGGUAGUGACACAGAUGUGCGGAGGAAAGAGAAGGAGAAUAGAAAGCUACAUAUGGAGCUUAAAUCUGAACGUGAAAAAUUGACCCAGCAGAUGAUCAAGUAUCAGAAAGAACUGAAUGAAAUGCAGGCUCAAAUAGCUGAAGAGAGCCAGAUUCGAAUUGAACUGCAGAUGACACUGGACAGUAAAGACAGUGACAUUGAGCAGCUGCGGUCACAGCUCCAGGCCUUACAUAUUGGUCUGGAUAGUUCCAGUAUAGGCAGUGGACCAGGGGAUGCUGAGGCAGAUGAUGGGUUUCCAGUUCAUAUCACUCAAUCACACACUAUGGAAUCCAUGUCAUUCACCUACCAGCGUUCCUCUACUUCUCUCAAUAUUGCCACUAAGCCUUCCAGUUCUCACAUGCUCCUUGACUCUGACUCUGACUCAGAAGAAGAAUCUUUGCCUUAUUUACCCAUUUCAACGGAACCUAAUGGUACAGAGUCAAGAUUAGAAGGAUGGCUUUCAUUGCCUGUGCGAAACAACACUAAGAAAUUUGGAUGGGUUAAAAAGUAUGUGAUUGUGAGCAGUAAGAAGAUUCUUUUCUACGACAGUGAACAAGAUAAAGAACAAUCUAACCCUUACAUGGUUUUAGAUAUUGACAAGUUAUUUCAUGUCCGACCAGUUACACAGACAGAUGUAUAUAGAGCAGAUGCUAAAGAAAUUCCAAGGAUAUUCCAGAUUCUAUAUGCCAAUGAAGGAGAAAGUAAGAAGGAACAAGAAUUUCCAGUGGAGCCAGUUGGAGAAAAAUCUAAUUAUAUUUGCCACAAAGGACAUGAAUUUAUUCCUACUCUUUAUCAUUUCCCAACCAACUGUGAGGCUUGUAUGAAGCCGCUGUGGCAUAUGUUUAAACCCCCUCCUGCUUUAGAGUGCCGUCGCUGCCAUAUUAAAUGUCAUAAAGAUCACAUGGACAAAAAGGAGGAGAUUAUAGCACCUUGUAAAGUGUAUUAUGAUAUUUCAACGGCAAAGAAUCUAUUGUUAUUAGCAAAUUCUACAGAAGAGCAGCAGAAGUGGGUUAGUCGGUUGGUAAAAAAGAUACCCAAAAAGCCCCCAGCUCCAGACCCUUUUGCACGGUCAUCUCCUAGAACUUCGAUGAAGAUACAACCAAACCAGUCUAUUAGACGGCCAAGUCGACAGCUUGCCCCAAACAAACCAAGAUUGCUUGAUUUGGCAUUUAAAGACUGGGAUUGGUCAUUUGAUGAUGUUGAUGGUGGUGAUGAUGAUGACGAUGUUUUUGAUUUCUGAAGAAAUAAAUGGGCUAGCUGCCUUCUAUGAAAGCAGUCAUUUAUUCAAGGUGAUCGUAUUCUUCCAGUUAAAACAAGACUGAAAUUAUAAUGGCUCAAAAUUUCUUAAAAAGCUGUAUUUUCCAGAGAGACUGAUAAAUACACGUAUACAUAUAUGUUCCUUUUCCCCCUGUAAUAUAAAUGACAGAUUUUGGACAGAUUUCCUGGGCUCCUUUGAGGCAACAAAUUGAUUGAACCAACUGUGAUUGGUAAUAGAGUAAGGAUAUCAUGUGCAACUCUUCCAAACUUGUUUCAUAAAGCUCUCUUGGCAGUCACUCACACUACAUUGCACAAAAGGAUGGAGAAGACUUAAAGUUUGAAGAAGUCAUCUUUUCAGCUUCAAUAGUGAGAUUUCACCAGCACAUUCACCAGAAGAAUCUGGAAAUGGAUUUCACUACAGUGAUACUGACUGCAUCUUUCAGAAGUGACCAUUAUACUGUGUAUAUAUAUAUAUAUAUAUAUUUUAAAAACCAUAUAUAUAUAUAGUACUGUAAUACUGCAAGAGGGUUUUUUAAACUUCCCACUUUAUUUUUUAUAUACAUUAAUCAGAUAUCAUUACUUACUGCAGUUGCAACUAUGCACUUGUAUAAAGCCAUAAUGUUGGAGUUUCUAUCACUCAUUCGUGUGUACCUGAUGGAAGCUGCAUGUUCGUGUUUAAGCAGUUACUGUAACAAGAAGUUUGAAGUUAUUUUUAUCAGUUUCCUAAUGCUUCAGGAUAGGCAACUUUGCCCAUUUUGAAUGCCCUAAUUUUUUUUUCAAAGUCUCAGCCCUUUUCUGUAUUAAAAAAAAAAGUGUUUACCAGCUCUUAGGAUGCAAACUUGCUUUGUGGAAGAAAAAUAGUGCACUAUUUUUACACAUAAUAGUUAUAUCAAUCUUAGCCUAUUUUGAUUGUAUAACAAAUUUUUUUUAAGUAUUGGUUAUAGGAACAAUAAUGGAUAGUAUUAGA